CGAUCACAGACCCCAGCGUCGUUCCCUCGUUUUGUUUUUUGUCUUGUAGCAGCUGAGACUGUCCAAGAUGAGGAUGCAGUCAUUUAUUCGGGCGCAUUCGCUCGCGGCCAGCAGUCUUCGCAGCUCGGCUCAAGCAGCGUGUCGAACGUCUGCUCGAUGCGCUCUCUCGACUGUGGCGGCGUCGCGCACGCCCUAUACCAACGGCACAAAAACGGAUACGUGGAUAAGCAGUCAGAGGACACACGGACAGAGGAGGUGGCAGUCAGUGGCUGCUCAAGUACUCGAGCAGGCGAAAGAAGACCCAUCUGCACUGACACAAGAGAAGAUUGUCGAGAAUCUGGACCCUGUCGAGUGGGAGCGGUUAUCGAGAGUCCGCAACAUUGGUAUUGCGGCGCAUAUCGACUCCGGCAAGACCACCGCCACCGAACGCGUCCUCUUCUACACAGGCCGAAUCAAUUCUAUCCAUGAGGUGCGAGGCAAGGACUCGGUGGGAGCCAAGAUGGAUUCUAUGGACCUCGAGCGUGAGAAGGGUAUUACUAUCCAGUCUGCCGCGACUUUCGCCGACUGGGUGAAGAAGAACGACGACGGGAAGGAGGAGCGCUUUCACAUCAAUUUGAUCGAUACUCCCGGCCAUAUCGACUUCACCAUCGAGGUGGAGAGGGCACUGCGGGUUCUCGACGGCGCUGUUAUGAUUCUUUGCGCCGUCAGUGGCGUGCAGAGUCAGACCAUCACAGUCGACAGGCAGAUGAGGAGGUACAACAUUCCCAGGAUAUCCUUUGUCAACAAGAUGGACCGUAUGGGCGCGAAUCCCUGGAAGGCUGUCGAGCAGAUCAACCAGAAGCUCAGGAUACCUGCUGCGGCUAUUCAGGUCCCGAUUGGGCGUGAGGAUGGCUUCUUGGGAGUGGUCGAUCUGAUCCGCAUGAAGGCCAUCUACAACGAGGGUGAGAAGGGUAUAAUCAUCAGAGAAACGGACGACAUCCCGGAGGACCUGGUGGAGCUGUGCAAGGAGAAGAGGCAGGAACUCAUCGAGAAACUGGCAGACGUCGACGAUGAAAUGGCAGAGCUCUUCUUGGACGAGCAGGAGCCGACCAUACUCCAAAUCAAGGCCGCCAUUCGACGCGCAACUAUCGCUCUAAAGUUCAGCCCUGUCGUCAUGGGCUCUGCGCUCGCCGACAAGUCUGUUCAGCCCAUGCUCGACGCCGUCUGCGAUUACCUCCCCAACCCCUCCGAAGUUGAGAACCUGGCCCUGGAUAAGAGGCGGAAGGAAGCUCCUGUCAAACUCGUCUCGUACAACUCUCUACCGUUUGUUGGUCUGGCUUUCAAGCUUGAAGAGAGCAGUUUCGGGCAACUGACAUAUAUUCGCGUGUACCAAGGUACGCUGAAGAAGGGCAUGAACGUGUUCAAUGCGAGGUCAGACAAGAGGGUCAGGAUUCCAAAGAUUGUGCGCAUGCACUCCAACGACAUGGAAGAAGUGCAGGAGAUUGGCGCUGGAGAAAUCUGCGCCGUGUUCGGCGUCGACUGCGCCUCUGGUGACACUUUCACUGACGGCGGUCUGGGCUACACCAUGACAUCCAUGUUCGUCCCCGAAGCCGUCAUCUCCCUCUCCAUCAAACCAAAGCACACAAAGGACACACCCAACUUCAGCAAAGCCAUGAACCGCUUCACCCGCGAAGACCCCACCUUCCGCGUCCACGUCGACGCCGAAUCCCAGGAAACAGUCAUCUCCGGCAUGGGCGAACUCCACCUCGACAUCUACGUCGAGCGCAUGCGCCGCGAAUACCGCGUCGAAUGCGAAACAGGCCAACCCCAAGUCGCCUACCGCGAAACAAUCACCCAGCGCGUAAACUUCGACCACACGCUGCGCAAGCAGUCCGGCGGCUCAGGCGACUACGCCCGCGUAGUCGGGUGGAUGGAGCCCAGCGAAGCACUUGCGGAUAAUAAAUUCGAACAGCAAAUCUCCGGCGGCACAAUCAGCGAAAAGUUUCUCUUCGCCUGUGAAAAGGGCUUCCUGGCCAGCACAGCAAAGGGCCCUCUACUCGGCCACCGCGUCCUAGGCGCCACAAUGAUCAUAAACGACGGCGCCACCCACGCAGUCGACUCCUCGGAACAGGCAUUCAAAACCGCAACUCAGCAAGCCUUCCGCAAAGCCUUCAUCGCCGGGGCACCACAGGUCCUAGAACCCCUCAUGAAAACAACGAUUACCGCGCCAAACGAGUUCCAGGGCUCUGUUGUCGGGCUGCUGAAUAAGCGGAAUGCGGUGAUUAAUGAUACGGAGAUUGGGCCUGAGGAUUUCACGGUCUAUGCCGAUUGUAGUCUGAAUAGCAUGUUUGGGUUUAGUAGUCAGCUUAGGGCGGGCACGCAGGGCAAGGGCGAGUUUAGUAUGGAGUUUAGCCAUUAUAGUCCUGCGCCGCCGCAGCUGCAGAGGGAGCUUAUUGCGAAGUAUGAGAAGGAGCAGAAGGAUAGGAAUGCGUAGGCUGUGUUUUCUUGGGGAGGGGGAGGGGGAGGGAAGUGUAUGAUUGUAGAUGUAUGUGUAUAUGUAUGUGUAUAUGUAUGAAUGAAUGAUAUCAUGGCAGAAAACGACAUACACGGAUUUCUAAGGAAGAAAUGGGGCACACAUACAAUUACAAUU